GGGCCGGGGAGGGCGAGAGUCCGAGGCCGGCUCGGCGCGUGUCCCCGGGAUGCUCGCGGCUCGUUUCUGCCCGGCCUGGGAGGCCUGUGCGCACUGCAGUACCACGGGGAGUUGUAAAACCCCGUGCCACCCGCCAGUCGCCAAGUCCUCGCCCCCAGGUCUGCGCGGCCCCCACAGGCGGCUAUCAACCAAGCGGCCAAGCCGUCCCCACCCCCUGACCAGUGGCUGGGAAAAGUGGAUCUGGCUGGUGUUGUCAGAGCCCCGGAGCCGGGGCGGGGCGGGGCGGCGGCUCCCACGAUCCCAAGGCCGUGCACCUGCCUCCUCCCCCCACCCACCACCCCGCGCCCCACCUGAGGGCUUGGGAACAAAGGUGCAUUGUAUAGGGCGCAAUCGGCCUCAUUAUUUCGUUUUCGGGAAUGGGGCCGCGCGGGCCCCCAGCCCAGAACGAAGGUGUGGGGCGGAAGGGGGCAAGCGCCAAGCCCGAGACGGGCACGAGCUCACCACUAAGGGCCUGUAAGGGGGGAUGGGGGCGGGCGAAAUCCCAGAAGGCGAUCCGUCCCUUCCGACACUCGCGCUAUCCCUGGACCGGCAUUAAAAAAUGGGCAACAUUCUCAGGUAGAGGCGGACGGGCUUUGGAGACCCUCGCCGGCCUCUUGGGGCCAGAGGGCGCGUGCUCCUAUUUCAGUCCCCCCAAAUUGCAAUAAGGCCUCCUACCCGGUACUAACUUAGACAUGAAAGGCGCGACCUCCCUAAAACUCACUCGCAGCAGCGGACCACGUCGCCCCUCCCGCCCCCUCGCGAAGCGGCGCAGCCGGGGUCGGAGCGGGGUGAACCCGGCGUGCGCCUCGGCGCGCAGGGGGUUAACAGGAGUUGGCUCUGAGCGGAGAGGCGGGGGUGUGCCCCCAUUGGUGGAAAGUUACCCGGGGGCGUGGCCCGCGAGUCUCCGCACCCCACCCCCAGCCCCGCACCGCCCCCCCCCCCACCUCCACUUUGUACCUUUCUCGCCGCGGCAGCGAAGCGGGCCGGGACCGGCCGGACCAGACCAGAGCGGACCCCGGGGGCGAUGCGGCUGCUGCCCCUGCUGCGGACUGUCCUCUGGGCCGCGCUCCUCAGCUCCCCGCUGCGAGGGGGCUCCGGCCUCCGCCACGCCGUCUACUGGAACUCCAGUAACCCCAGGCUGCUCGGAGGAGACGCGGUGGUGGAGCUGGUCCUCAACGACUACCUAGACAUCUUCUGCCCGCAUUAUGAUGGGCCAGGGCCCCCGGACGGCCCCGAGACGUUUGCUUUAUACAUGGUGGACCGGCAGGGCUAUGAGGCCUGCCAGGCCCAGGGCCCGGGCGCCUUCAAGCGCUGGGAGUGCGCCCUCCCUUUCGCUCCCUUUGGUCCUGUGCGAUUCUCAGAGAAGAUUCAGCGCUUUACACCCUUCUCCCUUGGCUUCGAGUUCUUGCCUGGAGAAACCUACUACUACAUCUCGGUACCGGCCCCGGAGAGUUCUGGCCGCUGCUUGAAGCUCCAGGUGUCUGUCUGCUGCAAGGAGGGCAUGAUUCCUUCCUUCCUCUACUUGUUCAUUCAUUCACCAAAUCGUGGGCUCCCAGCGCCCUUCUUCCGGCAGGCCACUGCAGCUGGGGGCGUCGGGGGAUUCCCAGCGGUGACGCAGUAGGAGAAGGGCACCCUGGCUUCCAAGUAGCCAAUUGAAUCCUGGGGCCUGGGGCAUGAGGUCAUCAGCGGUGAUGCCCAUUGGUUCAGGCCUGGACGCGGGGAGGGGGUCCCCAUAGCAACCGACGGUGCGUCCGACCGUAACCCCGGAGAGUGGUCUUUGCCGGAGCUCCAGAGGCAGCCUGGGUGGUGUUUGGGUCGGGGGAGGGGAGGCGGGGUGGAGCCCAGACCCCCCAGGUCCCGCAGCCCUGGCCCAACCAAGCUGAUGUCGUUCUGAAGAUCUUUUUCUCACUCAAAGUAAUGGUCAGUGCCCCUCGCCCCGGGCAGGCAGAUUGGGGGCUGGGGGAGUACGGGCGACGGCGUUGGGGUCGCGGGUGCAGAGCCGCCGCCGCUCGGAAUGCUAAUUCCGAGAACCUCCUGUUCUGCAUCUCGUCUGCACCUCAUUUGCAUUCUCUUCAUUUAAGGUCAAAUUGAGCAGACAGCCCCACAUCCCAGCCCUGUCGCGCGUCUGUAUCCCGACUUUAUCCCGCAGCAGCUCCGUAAUCUCUCUCUUUCUCCAGUUCCUCACCCCACCCCUCUCCCAGCCGGCGGUGUCCCCUCGGGUGCGAGGGGGCGCAGCCUAGCAAGAGCGGAAAGAGAAGUCCGCCUCUCCCCCUGGACGUCUGCUGACAGAUGGGGAGGGCUGGUCCCUACCGCCUAGCGACUAAACUGACAAAGCAAAUGGUGGGGGAGGUGCCCGGGGCUGGGCGGGGGUCUCCGGGGCCAAGUCACCCACACGCCCAGCAGGGUGCUGGGACUAGGGCCGCCUGCUUGCAGCCAGGGGCGGGCCUGCCCACCUGUCUGGUGCCAGGACAGCUUCCUGCCUCCAAUUAAACGCUAAUGAGGUGUCAUUAACCCUUAGCUUGCCUGCCAGCCCUCAGGUGGAGUUUAGAUUCGUGGUCUCACCCCGAACCGAGGGGCGAGGGGCGGAGAGGAGGCCCUUUGAGGAAGCCUGGAGGCAGUGGGGCCAGGGGGCGGGGGGGAGGGCCAGAAGUCCGGGCCAGAGGCAUGCGCAGCGGGCACUGCUUAUGCUGUGUGCUGCUGGGGACUCCACGCACGGCCGGCCCAGUGGCUGGGUGCAUUUCUUCCCCGCGCAUCAACUCGGCAAUGACUUGCGAAUCCCCUUCCCUACUCUACUAACUAAACACCAGGCUGCACGCUGCGUGCUGGGGGUAGGCACUUGCACAAGACAAGAUCCCUUCCCUGAAGGAUUCUUCAGAUUACUCCGGAAGACACAUCGUCCAACAAAUAAUUAUAAUGCCAAGUGCAAAUGCCACUACAGAGCCACGAAUGAAGUGCUACGGGAAAGUGGGCUCUCAGAGAAGACUUGGGCUUUGAAGGGCAAAGUUUAAGCGGGGAGGGGAUGUGGAGAACCCAGUGUGCCUGUGUGUGUGUGUGGGUGGGUCCGAGUGGGUCCGUGCUCAGCCUGUGCCCUCCUGGGGCUCAUGUUUGCGUCUGUACGUAGGUGUGAGAGUGUGUAAGUGUGCUGUCUGGACCUCUCUGUGUCUGGAAUCCCUGCUCCUGAACACACACUGUGGUUUUAUUACAGAUCAAUGUUUGCUGCAGAUUAGCCCGAACCUGCCCAGCCCAGGGGAGGGGAAGCAGGGAACCGACGUUGGCUCUUUGGGAAGGGGUGGGCAGACGCCGUCUUCACACUUGGGGGCCCAGACGCUUGGCUCCCCAGUUGGCGGCGGGCUGGCCGAGGGAGGCCAAGGGCCGGGGCCCCGGCUGUGGUGGGGUGUGCCCAAGCUGUAGUGCCCUCUGUCCCCGGCUCCCCAGGGGAGACACAGAGGCUGCAACCACCUCUCCCCAUGAGGCCUCAGGCCCCCUCCCCCAACCUGUUCUGUCUGUGGAGGAGAAGCCAGCUCAGACCUGCCUGCUGGCUCUCUCCUGCAGGGAGCGGAUGUUUUCCGGGGGACUCCAGAGGGCUGGGAAUGCUGGAGCCUACCAGGAGGCCUGCUACCCCACCCUGCCCCUCUGAGGUGCUCUGCAGCCUGGGUUCCCCCCACCCACCCUGGGGCACCACUUCCCCAGCUCUUGCCCAGGCACAGCCAUCCUCACCAGGGAUGCCCCCGACCACCAGGCAGAAGGUGGGGGCUAGAGUUCGGACAACGAGGCCGGGGUCGUGGGGCAGGCGGCACUGUGAGGCCGCUCAGAGACCCCACCCCAACCCCCUCUGUCUCCUUGCAGCCACCUGCUAGAAAGGUAAUGUUGGUGGCAGGAAAGAGAAUAGAGUCCGGAUCGAGGGAAGGUUUUAGGGGUUAAGGGGCUUUGCGGCCCGAGAAGGUCAGGGACCCCUCCUUCUAUACUGCCCAGGAUGGGGACUUUCCGUUUUUUGGCUGAAACCUCCCCUCCCCCGGAUUCCAUCUAAGUGUUUCCUGCCCCCCGGUCCCCUCCCCAAGCCCUGGGCCAGCUCUGCCACUGUGACAGCUUUGAGAGAAGCUUGGAGAGCAGGAGAACAACGGAAAAGGGAGUCUGGGGCGAGCCUCUCAUGGGCAGACCUCAGGAGCGAAUGCCUUAAUACGAAUGGUGAUGAGUGGCGAGGGGCACCCGGCUGCCUCUGUCAGUGGAGGUGGAGCCCGUGACUCUUGAUCUCUGGGUUAUGAGCUCGAGCCCCACGUUGGAUGUGCAGAUUACUUAAAACAUUUUAGGGGCACCCGGGUGGCUCAGUCGGUUGGGUGUCCAACUCUUGAUUUUGG